AUGCUAGACCCACUGAUAUCAUCGUCUGCAGACCAUCGGGGCCUGUGUGAUCAGCUUCACACUGCAGACCAUCGGGGCCUGUGUGAUCAGCUUCACACUGCAGACCAUCGGGCCCUGUGUGAUCAGCUUCACACUGCAGACCAUCGGGGCCUGUGUGAUCAGCUUCACACUGCAGACCAUCGGGGCCUGUGUGAUCAGCUUCACACUGCAGACCAUCGGGGCCUGUGUGAUCAGCUUCACACUGCAGACCAUCGGGCCCUGUGUGAUCAGCUUCACACUGCAGACCAUCGGGCCCUGUGUGAUCAGCUUCACACUGCAGACCAUCGGGCCCUGUGUGAUCAGCUUCAUACUGUAGACCAUCGGGCCCUGUGUGAUCAGCUUCACACUGCAGACCAACGGGGCCUGUGUGAUCAGCUUUUGCCAGUAACUGAUUUAUGUGCAAUAUAG